CACUAUUCACACUUCUACAGACCAACAACACUUCUUUAACCGCAGCUCCAGGUGGACGUAAUUCAAGAUAUUGUAUACUUUUUUUAUCUGAAAAGCGUGUUUCAUAGGACUUGUUAGGAUAGAUCGUUCUGAAACUUAAACCAUAUAUUUUUCACCUUGUGAUUUUUUUCAACGGGGAAAAGUCAUCUUGUCUUCAGGCAACAUGGCAAAAAGGAUAUUGAUUGUGGUAGGUUUCUUGGUGCUACUUGCCUACGUCAGCGCUGGUCCAGUAAAAGCAAAAGAAGUGGAAGAAAAGGUUGAAGAAUAUGAAGAUGAUUUAGAAGAAGCUGAAGAUCAAGAUUUGGUCCCUGAAGGUGGAGCUCACUUAGGAAGGUAUGUAGGUGGUAGAGACAGAGAUUAUGAAGAGCAUUACGGUGAAGAAGAAGGUUAUGAAGGCAAAGCAGGACACGAGAAAGCACACAAAGCUGGUGGAGUUCACAGUUACGAUGAACACCACGAACAAGGUGGCUUCAAAAAAUUUAAAGAUGAACACGCAGCCCAUGGAAAACACGAUAAGGAAGGACACGAAGUGUAUGAACAUCAUAAUGACCAAGGAGCUUCCAAAUCCUUCAAGAAAGAAGGCGAAGUUUUCGACAAGCACGGAAGCGAUCAUAAAGGCAAAUUAGAAAAAAACCAGCAUGUGAAAGGACAAGAAGAAGUAACCAAGCAUGGAGGUCAUGGUCAAGCAGGAGGCAAGGUCGGCAGUGAAUUUAUCAAGGACAAAGGACACAAAAGCCAUGGAUUCAAGAACGUAUAUCACAAGGAAGAGUUUGGUGAACACAAGACCUUCCAUGACGAACACAGGGAAACUGACCACAAGAAGAAAUACCACGAUGAGCACCAAGACUACAGUCACCAUGGAGGCAAACACUUCAAACAACACGCCAACAAAGGACAUUACGAUGAAAACAAACACGGUCACGAUUUCCACAAAUUCGGAAAAGCCGGACAUGAAAGUCACCAUGAAGCAGGACACAAGAAAGGCGGACACCACCACGCUGUUGGAGAUGGCUUCAAACAAGCUGGAGGCAAGCAACAAAGCGAAGCCCAUGCUCAGGGACAUCAUUCUCGCGGCAAGAAAGUCUACCACAAUGGUCAGCUCGACGUAGGGCAUCAACACAAAGCUCACCUAGAAGCAGCGCAUGGUCACAGAGGAUAUGGAGGUCAUAAAAAGGCAGCAGGAUACGAUGAUGACAGAAGAUAUCAUGGUCACCAAGCCGACAAGGGUUACUAUACCGGAUAUGAAGAUGUAGGAGAUGGACAUCAUGUUUAUUUCAGGAGGGGUUAAGCAUCAAACUUAUUUAAAUUGUAUGGACUGAAACGACAUUCUCAAGCAUGAGAUUUAGGUGGCAUGAAUUCAGCCAUUCAUUCAUAGGAAAAACCUGUUUAUGUCAAUUCGACGAUAUCAUGGACUUCAAGAUGCCAUUUGACGUGGCAAAUCGACAAGGAAGAAGUGGAAUACAGUAGUUUUCAUAAAUAUUCAAUCUUUUGGUUUUAGGACAAAAUUUCCAUUACAUAAUUACAUGAAAUAGGUUAAAUAUCCCUCUGUAAGAGAGCGGCUUGGGUAAAUUUAUUCAAAGAUUAUUCUUGGCAGUGUACACGUUACUCCUUCAGAUACCCACGCAGAAAACAAGUAUUUUGUGACUUUGAUAGCAAUAUAUUUCAAUCUGCCAAAUGAUAAAAAUCGUGAUUUGCAUUAUUUAGAAAAUCAAGCAGAUUUGAUUUAAAAUCUGCCUCUUCUUGUAGAUUCAUAAAAGCUACUGAAAGUAUUCGAAAUGCUCUAUUAUUUUGCUGCUAUUUAUUUUAUAACUUUUUCCUAAAAAUUGCGCUUAAGAAGAUGCAGAAGAAGACAAGUAACAUUUACCGCCCUUUAGGAAAAAAAUUAAGAAAAUAUACUCUCUCCUUAUUUCCCAUUUCUUCCCAUAUCUUAUUUAAAAAGGUACCAUAUAGUGAGAAAGGUGCGUGUGUAUAUAUAAACAUCAAAUAGAUUUUCAUCUUUUUUUAGUAUAAUUUAUUUACGAAUUGCAUGUAAUUAUUGAAAAUUUCAAUAUGUAAUAAAGUGCGCACAUUGUUAUCUGCA